CUCAUUACAAAAACCUCUUAACAAUUAAAACAUAGAUUAUUCUUUAUUCGUUUUUUCCGCAAAUGAAAAAUGACUAAUGAGAAAACAACCAAAGAUUAUGAACUAAUUCAAAAUAAGGCAACUUGGUAGUUGAAUAGAUUAUAAAAAGUUUCAUUUUUUUCAUGACCUAAAGUCAAUACCUGUAUCUUUAUGGUGCCUUACACCAUAUUUGUCCCUUGGACGUGGCUGUGUAUUUUAAAACCUGUCCCUCCAAGAGCUUUGUCAGUGAUCUCUUCUCUUCUCCCAUUGCAUCAAAGCUUUCUCAUCAGCCGCCAUUAGAACCAACGUUGAGUAAUUAUCAGCAUGGGAAAAAAACUUGAUGCCUUGCUUGGAAGAAGCUUCAAGACCACCAGGUUCAAAGCUCUUGUCAAUUUGGCCAUCUCUCGCCUCGCUGUUCUUGCAAACCAACGCCAGGUGAGACACACCCAUGCUCGUUCUGAUGUAGUUCAGUUGCUGCAGCUUGGUCACCAUGAGAGAGCUCUGCUUCGUGUUGAGCAGGUGAUUAAAGAGCAGAAACUGCUGGAUGCAUAUGCAAUAAUAGAGAGUUAUUGUGAGGUUGUAUUGGAAAGAAUAAAGCAACUUGAACAUGAAAGGGAAUGUCCUGAAGAGCUGAAGGAGGCAAUUUCAGGUUUGAUUUUUGCAUCUUCUAGAUGUGGAGAUUUCCCUGAGCUUGUAGAGAUUCGUUCGGUUAUUGCCAGUCGUUUUGGGAAGGAUUUUACUGCUAAGGCUAUAGAGUUACGCAACAAUUGUGCUGUGAGUCCAAUGAUAGUGCAGAAGCUAUCAGCUAGGCCACCAAGUUUGGAGAUUAAAAUGAAGUUACUCAAACAAAUUGCUUCUGAAAAUGGUGUUACUUUGAAAGAUCUGGAGGCUUAUGAAGAUUCAACUGAGAUGCAGGAAAAAGUUGUUGCAGAAGAGAACAAGGAUCAACCAGCGCAGGAAACUAAAGUGGAAGGUGUUUUUCAGAUUUUACCUGAAGAGAUAGAGAAAGACAGUCGAUAUGCCGAUUCAAUGAGAGGAAGGAGGAAGUACAAGGAUGUGGCCGAUGCAGCUCAGGCAGCAUUCGAGUCUGCGGCUUAUGCAGCAGCUGCAGCGAGAGCUGCUGUGGAACUCUCUCAAUCUAAAUCACUUGAUCAAGAUGAUCUGAAUACUCUGAGUACAAAACCUAGAAAAUCAUCUGAAACGGAUGAGUCCAAGAACAUUGAGAUUGAAUUAGAAUCAGAAAACAAGGUAAUACACAUGGGAAGCACGUCUAUAGAAGUGGAGGAAAGUGAAAGUCCAGCAGAAUUGAUGCAGCCAGUGUCUUCUUCUAGUUCAGAAGCAGGGGAUGUUAGUUUGAAGGAUAAUGAGAUUCCAAUUGAAGCAAUAAAUAUAAUCGAACUGCUGGAGAAGGAUUUGGCUUUUGAUGAGAGUGAUGUUGAUGCUGGGAAUGGAGAAAGCAGCAGUUCAACUCUUGAGGAGAAAAAUUCGAGCUUCCAGAGUUGCAAGAAGAUGGAAUCAGAGUCUGCAGAAAUCAUAACACACAUAGAGGAAUCAGAUAACAAAAGUAGUGAACAUUUAAGCAUAGGGGAUGAGGCUGUUGUAAGGACAACAGAUGUGCGUGGACACUGAAGAGCUUGAAUAUAUUGUAUCAUGGGUGGCGUCUGUUUAAAGAUAAUAAGUUUUGUAAGUAGGAUUCAUUUAUUCUAAGAACUUUGUGAUGAUAUAUUGUGCAAAUAGUUAAGUGGGAUUCAUGAAUAUCAAAAUUCUGUGUAUUGUAAAAUUUGGAGCUUA